AUAGUUGGCAACCUUGAUCACCAGAAUUUCUGUUCAGCUGUCUGACUGUCUGGAAGGAUUUACAGUGUGAGCCUUUAGCUUGUUAGAUAGUCAAUAAACAUGGAGACGAAGUCGGGAAAGAGUUUCCGCGUGAGCGACGGGGACUGGAUUUGUCCAGACAAAAAGUGUGGAAAUGUGAAUUUUGCGAGAAGAACAAGCUGCAACAGAUGUGGCAGAGAGAAAACGACUGAGGCAAAAAUGAUGAAAGCAGGAGGUACCGAGAUUGGGAAGACCCUUGCAGAGAAGAGCCGUGGCCUCUUUAGUGCAAAUGACUGGCAAUGUAAAACAUGCGGCAAUGUGAACUGGGCCAGGAGGUCAGAGUGCAACAUGUGCAACACUCCCAAAUAUGCCAAGCUUGAGGAGAGAACAGGCUAUGGUGGAGGGUUCAAUGAGAGGGAGAAUGUUGAAUACAUAGAACGUGAAGAAUCGGAUGGAGAAUAUGAUGAGUUUGGAAGGAAAAAGAAAAAAUAUCGUGGAAAGACCAGCAGCAAGUCAAGCUCAAAAGAAGUUAAAGAAGAAAAAAAGGUUGAGUCUAAUAAAGAAGACAAUGAGGAAGAAGAAGAGGAAGAUGAUGAUGGAGACCUUUCAAAAUACAAAUUGGAUGAUGAUGAGGAUGAGGACGAUGAUGAUGCCGACUUGUCCAAGUAUGACCUGGAUGCCAGUGAUGAGGAGGGGGAGGCGAAACCAGUAGUAAAGAAGAGCAGCCGCUCUGGAUCGUCCCGAUCCUCGUCCCGCUCUUCCAGCUCCAGCUCUCGGUCCAGGUCCAGAUCCCAAUCUAGAAGCUCAUCCAGUUCCAGAUCUAGAUCUCGAUCAAGCAGGUCCCACUCCAGAUCCAGCUCUGGAAAGGGCUCUUCUCAAAAGCGGUCUCACUCAUCCUCAUCUUCACCAGAAGGAGGAAAGAAACGCAGUCGCUCAAGGUCCUCAUCUGGGGGGAGGAAAAAAAGGCGCUCUAGAUCAGGAUCAUCUGAAAGGUUUGGGUUUCUGUGGAACACCACAAUGGUGUACUGACUUUUGGCCUGCCAUCUACUCUCUUAAAUACACCGUGGACAGUCACCUGGAUCCUCCCAUUCUGGCUCAAGUUCAAAAAAGAAAUAAGUCAAAAGCAGGUCCAUAAAACAAGGCACAUGAUUCUUGGUAUAAAUGCAUGUUGUGGUUUAAGAAAAAAAACAUAAUUAUGCUGUUCACUCUACCAGAGUUUUGCAGUGCAUAACAAAUCUCCCCCACAAUGGCCCCCCGCUUAUUAAACGUGUUAUUGUUUGGAACUUCAGAGAAACUGUUAUAAGGUUACUUCCUUAAUUUUAAUCUACAUAAUGUAUACUAUCAAGGAAGUGACACAUUUUAAUCUACUCAUUAAUUUGGGAAAUACGAAUUACACAAGAAACUUUAAUUUUUAUUUGUCAAGGAUGAUCUUAAGAUGUUGGUCUUACAAACAUGAUUUAGGGGGGAUUCAAGAUGCACCAUGUGUGAGUAUUAAUAUUAUAAUAUUCUUAACAAAUGUUUGUAUAUCCACCAUCUUAAUAUCUGUGGGGAAUUUACCUAUGAGCGGAAUAGUGUUGAACCAAUUUGUUUCUAGUGUUGAAGGUAAGUAUUUAUCUUUACUUUGUAAUAUUUUGUGUUUAAUCAGGUGGAAGCAAUGGUGGUUUUUAGGUGUGGGUGGAAGAAUAAGUAAAAGAAAAAGAUUCAAAAACACUUUUUGAAGUCAGUUAUUGCAGUAGUAAAUGUAAUAUCCAUGAGUUACAAUUUGUGGUCUAGUUCUACAGAAAUAUAACCAAAUUAAGUCAUUUUCGGAUUAGGUUAUGAUUAAGAAAACAUUUCUUAUUAAAAGAAUUGUUCUCUGUGAGAGAACUUCAGUCGUUAUGCUUCUCCUUUUGUAUACGCCAGUAGUUCAAAAAUGUGAAGUAAGGAUCAAACAUCAGAUAAUGACAGCAUCAAUAAAAUGUGAUAGAUGAAUUUUUGUUAAGUUAAAAGAAAUUAAAUUGUAAACAUGUAGUAAAUAAAGCGUCAAGUUUUUUGUUGUA